UUUGGGCGCGCGCUCGAAUGGAAGACUGAAAACAAACUAUAUGGUGUGACAAGCUUGCUCACGACGAACCGACCGACCGGCAGUGACCCCAAGCUACGGCUACGGCUACCGUGACAUCACGCACCGGACCCGUGCACGCGCCACCGCGGAGAGUCCAAUCACAGCGCGCGCUGCACACCCACGCGCAUACAAACCACCGCGCCGCGAGCAGUGUUUACAUUGCAUACUCCGCCGGACUCCACAGGUGAAUAGGUGUGUUAAACUUCCGAUUCCUGUCUCCAGAGACGAAUUAAGAGUCAAGAGGCUUCGCUGACCGUCUCACAGGAGAAGAGCCAAAAGAAGAGGAGGAAGUGACAUCACAACUAGGAUGAGGCUGACGCAGGAUUUGAGUCCAGCCGUGGUGCUUGUUUUCAGGCUGGUGGUUUGGCUGUAUUCCCUCAUCUCCUACCUGCCGUACCUGUUGCUGAGAUCACCUGAGUCUCAGUCGCUGUCGGAGUGCUCGCGGAGGCUUAAGGCACGUUCAGUGAGCGGAGACCCUGCAGGACCUUACCGGGAUGUGGCGGCGCUGAGGGGGCUGGAGAUGUGUCUGCACCCCGGGAUCAACACACUGGAUCAGGUGUUCGAGUCCUCCGUCUCCCACUUUCCUAACAGUGACUGUCUGGGCACCAGAGAGUUGCUGAGCGAAGAGGACGAGACUCAGGAGGAUGGAAAAGUCUUCAAGAAGGUGAUUCUGGGAGAGUAUCGCUGGAUGACAUAUGAGCAGGUUUUUAAAGAAGUGAAUGCUUUUGGAAGCGGUUUGGCUGCUCUGGGACAGAAACCAAUGAAGAACAUCGCCAUCUUCUGUGAGACAAGAGCCGAGUGGAUCAUAGCAGCGCAGGCCUGCUUCAUGUACAACUUCCCAUUGGUAACACUUUACUCUACUCUGGGUGGUCCUGCUAUUGCUCAUGGACUCAAUGAAGCUGAAGUUUCUCACAUCAUCACCAGUAAAGAUCUUCUGGAAACCAAACUCAAGAGCAUUUUCAUCGAGGUGCCCAGAUUGCGCCAUGUCAUCGUGGUUGACGAUAAGCUCAGCAGCAGCUCCGAAUACCCACGAGGCAUCAGCGUCCACAGCAUGGCGUCGGUGAAGGAGCUCGGGACUCGUCCUGAGAAUGCGUCGAAGCCGAAAGAUCGUCCAUGCUCCUCUGAUGUGGCUGUGAUCAUGUACACCAGCGGAUCCACUGGAGUGCCGAAAGGAGUCAUGAUCUCUCACAGUAACAUCAUCUCCGGGAUCACCGGAAUGGCACACAGGAUUCCCAAGCUCAGUGAGGAUGACACAUACAUUGGCUAUCUUCCACUGGCUCAUGUGCUGGAGUUGAGCGCUGAGAUGGUGUGUUUGGCUCACGGCUGUAGAAUCGGCUACUCUUCACCACAAACACUCUCAGACCAGUCGACCAAGAUCAAGAAAGGGAGCCGAGGAGACAUCAGCGUCCUGCGGCCCACUUUAAUGGCAGCAGUACCAGAAAUAAUGGACCGCAUCUACAAGAAUGUGAUGCUGAAGGUGGAGCAAAUGAGUGGAUUUCAGAGGACUCUCUUUCUGCUGGCCUACAACUAUAAGAUGGAGCAGCUGGCAAUGGGAUACAGCACUCCACUGUGUGACAAGUUGGUCUUCCGGAAGGUUCGGGCUCUGCUGGGUGGGCGUCUGCGGGUGUUGUUGUCAGGCGGAGCUCCUCUGUCUGCAGCGACCCAGCGCUUCAUGAACAUCUGCUUCUGCUGUCCUGUGGGUCAGGGCUACGGCCUCACCGAGACCUGCGGCGCUGGCACCAUCAGCCAUCUGUGGGAUUACAGUACAGGGAGAGUUGGUGCACCGCUGGUGUGCUGUGAACUUCAGCUGAAGGACUGGAUAGAGGGUGGAUAUCACAGCACAGACCUGCCCUGUCCACGAGGAGAGAUCCUGGUCGGAGGGCCCAGUGUGACCAUGGGCUACUACAAGAACGCACACAAAACCAGUGAGGACUUCUUUGUGGACAAGAAAGGCCAGCGAUGGUUCUGCACCGGAGACAUUGGCGAAAUUCAUGGAGACGGCUGCCUGAAGAUCAUUGACCGUAAGAAAGACCUGGUGAAGUUGCAGGCAGGAGAAUACGUGUCUCUGGGAAAAGUGGAGGCGGCCCUGAAGAACUGCCCACUCGUCGACAACAUCUGCGCCUAUGCAAAUAGUGACGAGUCUUACGUGAUUGGCUUUGUGGUGCCCAAUCAGAAGCAGCUCCUGGCUCUGGCGGAGAGGAAGUGUGUCAGAGGUUUGUGGGAGGAGCUUUGCAACAACCCUGUCAUCGAGGAGGCGGUGCUCACAGUCAUGACAGAAGCAGCACUGACAGCCCAGCUAGAAAGAUUCGAGAUUCCCCGGAAGAUCCGCUUGAGCGUGGAGCCCUGGACCCCAGACACCGGCCUGGUUACAGACUCUUUCAAACUCAAGAGAAAGGAGCUAAAAACUCACUACCAGAACGACAUCGAGAGGAUGUACGGAGCCAAGUAAGAGCCAAAUCAUGGGACAGGAAGGCAAGAAAAAGUAACUGAUCUCAUUACAGCAACAUCCAAUCAGGAUGGAGAUUUCCAGUGGACGUUGCAGACCUGAACAUUGAUCAUUUGGAGAUGUUUUCAUACCACUGAGUGAGGUUUUUAGUGUGAUAUCAGAAAAUGGCCAACACUAAAGCAGUUCUUAAAGGAAUAGUUCACCCCAAAAUGACUCUCAUUUAAGGCAUCUGUGUACAGUUGAAGUGAAAUUUUAGCCCUUCUGUCAAUUCUUUAAAUAUUUCCCAAAUGAUGUUUAAUAGAGCAAGGAAUUUUUUCACAGCAUUUCCUAUAAUAUUUUUUCUUCUGGAGAAAGUCUUAAUUGUUUUAUUUCGGCUAGAAUCAAAGCAUUUUUUUAACUCAAUAUUAUUAGCCCCUUUGUUUGUUUUUUGAUUGUCUACAGCAGGGUUCUCAAACUUUUCAGCACAAGGCCCCUAAAAUAACAAUGCCAGUGACUCACGACCCCCAAAUUCCUCAGAAGUGGUAAUAAAUAUACAAACAUUGCGCACACAACAAUAGGCCUAUAUAAACACGAGCAUAUUGACAACACAAAAAAGUGCAACAGUCUAACAACCAUAUCACUUGUAUAGUCGUUUAUUAAUUUGUUUAAUUUAAUAUUAACCUCAACUAAUAAGACUGGACAUAUUGUUUUCUAGUCUAUUCUUGGUUUAAUUUUGGAGACCGCCACUCAGAGAUCAUCCUCAAUAAACAGCUGUGGGCUCUAUUUAUUUUUAAUGUAUUUGAUUGCCAUAAAGGUGUCAGAAAGUUUAAUCUGGUGUUAUUAAAUCAGUCUGCUGCUCUUCAUUUGCUUGUUGUUUUUUUGUUUUUUUACUAUUAAAAAAUACUAUUUUUAUCUUCUGUGGAUUAUGCCUAAAAUAUUGUAAUUUUAAUAGUUUAAUAAAAUUGAUUUGACUUUUGAAAAUCAGCAAAGCGCCCCCUGUCUUUGUCCUGCAACCCCCACUUUGGGAACCACUGUCUACAGAACAAACCACUGUUAUACAAUGACUUGCCUAACUACUCUAACUUGCCUAAUGAACCUAGUUGCACCUUUAAAUGUCACUUUAAACUGACUAUUAGUAUCUUGAAAAUUAUCUAGUCAAAUAUAAUGUGCUUUCAUCAUGACAAAGAUAAAAGAAAUCAGUUCUUUUUGUUAAACAAAUUGGGGAAAAAAUUAUGGUAGGGCUAAUAAUUCUGACUUCAACUGUUUACGAGAGUCAGAGAGUCGUUUUACAUUAUAUCCUGCCUCUUCAAUCCUGUAUAGUGGUGUUGGGUAGUGGCGCUUUUUGAUUUGAAGCUUUAAAAAGUGCAUAAUCUGUCAUAAAGAUAACCCAUACUCCAUCAGGGGGUUAACGCAUGUCUUAAACAGUGCUCUAAUGUGUUUUUAACACAAAUAAUUAUGUGUUUUAAUUAUAAACUCAAAACUUGACAGCUUUUAUAGGAUGUCCACAGGGUUAAAAAAAAAAAAAGUAUUCAAACUUGAGGAAUCAAUUUAGAUCAAUUUAAAGGGUCCCUAUUAUGCCCCUUGUUUACAAGCUGUAAAGUAUGUCCCUAGAGUGUGUAUCUAAAGUGUAAGUUUAAGGGUUGGUUUGGUGUGACGUUAGCAAUCUCGCAAGUUAACAUGGGCGGGGUAGGUGGGGGGGAGAUUUAGUAAGUAAAGACAAGGGGGUGGGAGAUGUGGUAGAUAUCUAGGGCCACCCAGGGGCGUUGCUAGAC